AUUUGAACUAUUCCUUUAAGUGAAUGCUAUGAUAGCAAUGAAAAUAAUGAAACCUAUGUCCAAGGAGAACAAUUAAACAUCUCUUUCAUUUCUCUCCUCAGGAUCAUUACUUAAAUUUAUAACAAAAAAGACAGAUAAAGUGCCCCUACCAAAUGCUGAUGAUGAAAACCUUCCAGUAACAUCCACCUCCAGUGGAAUAGUGGCCGCUCAACCUGGUGGUUGUCAUGAUGAGCAGGAAGAAACACCAGAGGCACAUCGAGCGCCCAUUUCAAGUUAUGAUACUGAUGACUUUCCGGCAACGUCCGCCUCCAGCAGGACAGGAAUUCCUACCCCUCAUCAUGACAUGUCACCUACUACUACAACAGGUUUGACUACAUCAGAAGACCCUGCAGAAUGGCCAAGUGUUCUUAGCCAUACUGAAGUGUGUGCAUUAGUCACAAAAGGGCCUAUACAGAUUAAAGAUGUAGUAUUCCCACAGAAUUCUGAGAAAAAUCCACGUAGAUUCACAAAGGAAAACUAUGAAAUGGUAAUGAAAAAUGGGGAGAAGAUACAGCGAACAUGGCUUCUUUAUUCAGUUAGCAAAGACUCUGUCUUCUGUUUUGCGUGCAAACUUUUUGGUAAACAAGACAAUGCACUUACAAUAGGAGGUUUUAGAAAUUGGAGAAAUCUGGCUGGACAUCUAAAGGAACAUGAAUAUUCCAAAACACACAUUACCUGUAUGACAAGUUGGCAUGAACUUCAGAUGAGGCUCAAAACAAAAACAGCCAUUGAUCAGAUUAACAAGGAUUUAAUGCACCUUGAGAUGCAUCACUGGAGAGGAGUCAUACGCAGAGUGAUUGCCAUAAUAUGCCACCUAGCUGAAAGGAACCUCGCUUUGAGAGGGCAUACAAAUGUGCUAUAUGACCCACAUAAUGGCAAUUUCUUGUCACAGGUGGAAUUAAUGGCACAAUUCGAUCCAGUCAUGAGUGAACAUUUGAGGAGGAUCCAAAACAAGGAAACAAUGGUGCAUUACCUCAGCAGUCAAAUCCAAAAUGAGAUCAUAGCACUAAUUGGAGAAAAAGUAACUGAUGAGAUAUUCAAAAGAGUGAAAAAAGCAAAGCACUUUUCUGUCAUAAUGGACUGUACUCCUGAUAUUAGUCAUACUGCGCAACUUUCUGUCGUCUUGAGAGUGGUGAACUGUGAGCCAUCAGUUGGUGCAUCUAUCUCUGAACAUUUUGUAGGAUUUGUUGAUGUUCAAGACACCACUGGCAAAGGUCUGUGUGACACACUACUUGAGAAGCUGGACAAGUUCAGCUUGAGCAUUGCAAACUGUCGUGGACAAUCCUAUGAUAAUGGUAGCAAUAUGAUGGGACAUAAACAAGGGGUUCAAGCAAGAAUAUUGCAAAUGAAUGAGAAGGCACUGUGUGUCCCAUGCAGUAGUCACACUCUUAAUCUGGUUGUAGCAGAUGCUGCAAAAUCUUCAGUAGUUGUACCAGAUAAACAGAGUCAGCUAAAUUCUCCAGAGCCCCACUGUUUCUCUUGA